GCAGUCAUAGAGGGUGGGUUAACAGCGCACUGUCGGCGGACUGGCAGAGGUGUCGCUCGGACUUCCGGCCAGUCUCCCUGAAAGACCCGCGGUGUCAGCUCGCUGGGCGGUUAGCGGCCGCAGGUCUCUUGGGUGAGGGGACCGCGGUAGUGGCGGCGGCGACCCCGCGGGCGGGAUGUUCCGAGGAUUCAGCAGUUGGUUGGGCCUGAAGCAGCCCGAGGGGGCGGCGACGAAAGAAGAGCAGCCCCGCGGGGACGAGCUGUUGGCAAGAGACGUGCCUCCUGAGGAGCCCUCCAAGCCGCCGGCGGAGCCCACCGAGCCCGAGCAGCAGCCUACGGUGGACCCAGAGCUCCUCCACCAGGCCAGAGGCCUUGGCAAUUAUUUGUUUAACUUUGCGAGUGCUGCCACAAAGAAGAUAACUGAGUCUGUUGCUGAAACAGCUCAGACAAUAAAGAAAUCUGUGGAAGAAGGAAAAAUAGAUGACAUCAUUGAUAAGACCAUUUUAGGGGAUUUUCAAAAAGAACAGAAAAAAUUUGUUGAAGAACAGCACACAAAGAAAUCAGAAGCAGCUGUGCCACCAUGGGUUGAUAGUCAUGAUGAAGAAACAAUUCAACAGCAGAUUUUGGCUUUAUCAGCUGACAAGAGGAAUUUCCUUCGGGACCCACCAGCUGGUGUGCACUUUAACUUUGACUUUGACCAGAUGUACCCUGUUGCCCUGGUCAUGCUCCAAGAGGAUGAGCUACUAAGCAAGAUGAGAUUCGCCCUUGUUCCUAAACUUGUGAAGGAAGAAGUAUUCUGGAGGAACUACUUCUACCGCAUCUCCCUGAUUAAGCAGUCAGCUCAACUAACUGCACUGGCCGCCCAGCAACAAGCCUCUGGAAAGGAAGAGAAAAGCAGCAAAGAGGAUGAUUUGCCUCUGACAGAGGCAGUACGACCCAAAACACCACCUGUCGUAAUCAAAUCUCAGCUAAAAACUCAAGAGGAUGAGGAGGAAAUCUCUACCAGCCCAGGCGUUUCUGAGUUUGUCAGUGAUGCCUAUGAUGCCUGCAGCUUAAACCAGGAGGAUUUAAGAAAAGAAAUGGAGCAACUUGUACUUGAUAAAAAGCAAGAGGAAACAAUUGCACUAGAAGAAGAUUCUGCCGAUUGGGAAAAGGAGCUACAACAGGAACUUCAGGAAUAUGAAGUAGUAGCAGAGUCGGAGAAACGAGAUGAAAACUGGGAUAAAGAAAUUGAAAAGAUGCUGCAGGAGGACAAUUGACCCCAAAUCAAUUCUUAACUUUGUGCUGACAUUAAAUUUUGAUGCUUGCUGAAUCAGAAGGCACAAAGGAGUGUAACUUUAUGCAAUUUGAAAUUAUUCUUUUUCAACUAAAACUUGCUUCUUCUAAAGUAUGUAGAACAGCUAUUGUAAUAAUCAAAAAAUAACAGGAUAUUAUAUGUAACAUUUUUCAUAUAAAUCAAAUUAGCGAUGUUGUUACAGGCAGCAGAGCUAGCUAUGCCACAGAAACACAGGUAAAAUACUAGAGUUUGUUUUUCACAAGGUUGGCAACAUAAUUUAUUCUUUAGUCAUGGUCUUCUAAGCAUAUAUAUAUAUACUCAUUGCCUUUUUGUUGAUACAUGGUUAAAGUACUUACUUAAUGGCAUAAUUGCUAUCAGAAUGACCAAAUUAUACCAAAGAACUCAAGAGAAAGCACUUUCAAAACUAUUUUCUUGCCAGAUAUUUUCUAAAAUUCUGUCUGAAAGCCAAAAGCUGAGAUAAUUAAGUUCACUUGAAUGACAUAAACAUCACCUGGUUCGAGGUUAAGAAACACUGCAGGACUAGGGAUGUGGUGGGCACUUACCUGUCAUUCACAAUGGCCCAGGUUCCAACUUCAGUCCUUUUUGUAUUAAUAACCUUCAAGAAGUCUGUUUACCUUAAGAUUUGUUCUCAUGGUAAUGGUCAUUAUGUAUAAAUGUCUUAAUUAAAUGAUUAGCCUUUAUAGAAUGAUCUUCCUUGGAGUAUAACUUCUAGAACUUGCUAAUUAAUCCAUCUUGUAUUCUGCUAUGCCAGCAAGCAUCUGUUCAUAGAAUGUGAUCAUUUUAAAAGAGGAAGGUGAUUUAAUGUUAGAAAAAUAACUAGCAUUCACUUUUUGUAUUUUCACAGCGCCUUUAUUUCAUAAGGAGGAAUAAAAUCAAGAUGUUUCUUUAUAA